GAAGUGGUGAGUUUUAUGCCUCAGCAAUGUGACGACUUUCUCAAGUUAUGUUACCUAAAUGGCAAGCUGUACCCGAACUGCAGAAAUUUGUUCUUUCCUAUAUUGACGCAACAUGGCUAUUGCUGUAUAUUUAAUAGUGUUUAUGAGCUUCGAGAUCAUAAGAGGAAUAUAAGGAAGACUAACAUCACUAUUCACAAAGCAAAGAAGCCAGGACCGCACAAUGGUUUGACGGUUGUCUCUGACUAUAACCCUGAGGAUGCUAUCGAUGGCACUAUUGUUAAUGCUGGGGCAAUACGGGUACUGGUUAUGGACAUGGAUGAGUUUCCAUCGGAUGAUGAAUCGAGUUUGGUACAUUCAUAUACAGAAUCUUACCAUUUGAUUCAUACCUCAUACACCUACUGUUCCGACGGAGUAACGGCGCUGCCAGCGGUCAGUCGGGAGUGCUACUUCGUGGAUGAGGAACCGCUUCGUUACUUCAACGAGUACCACAACUCUGACUGCGACCUUCUGUGCCACGUGAAGCGGGUGGAAAAGCACUGCGGCUGCAUCAUGAUGUACAUCCCCCACGUCAAGAUGUCGCAGAUAUGUGACAUAUCCGACAUUAAGUGCAUUAUUGAAGUCAAGCUACAAUCAACUGAGGAAUACAGACGUAGCGAGUGUAAUUGUCCUCGAGAUUGUGUUUCCUACAGAUAUCGAGUGAACAUGAUCCUCGGGAACCUAGAUGCACUGCCGUACCAAAUACGAAACCCAUAG